AUGGCCUCCCUUCCAGAAUAUGCUUUGCACAUGUCUCGUCUCAGUGCUUGGCUAUUUUGUCAUGUCACCAGGCCUACUGAUUCCAAGGCUAUGAAAAUGGUGAAAUUAUUUAGUGAACCUCCCGUGGCCAAGAAAAAGGAAACUUAUGACUGAUACCCAGAUCACAAUACUUACACUGCACUCACGGGGACACUCCAAUUUCUUGGACUCUACAGAGAUAAGCAUCAAGAUUUUAAAGAUGAGCAACAACGACUAAUAAAGCUUCGUGGAAAGGGGAAACCAAAGAAACGAGAAGGGAAAAGAGCAGCAAAAAAGAAAUAG